GGUAAGCGAACGGUUCUGGCAGGAUAUCCGGACAUCGAAACGCGUGAUUGGAUUCAGUUAUGAACAUGGGCUUGGACGACGUCGGAAACAAGUUUGACGACGUCAUUGGCGAGUGAUACUGGGACUGUCUUCCGUGCUGCAAUUGCCUGUCAUGAUGGUAGUUGGGCUGGUACAUGGAGGGAAGCACCGACGAAGGAGGAGAUGGCGACCUGUAGGCAGUGUUGUGCUGAUGGAAGGUCUGGAGGCCUAGAACGCGUGGUGGCGGCAUGACAUCCAACAGUCCAGACGACCGAUGGUGGUUGCUGGAAGCAGCUAGGAUGUUCAGAUGGGGCAAGGUGGAGGCGAUCGUCGACGAAGUCGGGGACGUGAGGCGGCCAUCGCCACUCGUGGUGGCUUGGCGGCCGUGGCGCGCACAGUACCCCCCUCGCCGCGCGUGGACGUCGCAGCCGUCGACGUUGCACUUGCGUCCGCCGCCGUGCCGGACGCACUUCUUGCGCUUGUGGGCCUGCUUGGUGCAUCCGUCAUGGGUGCAGAUCGCUUUCGAGGACUUGCCCCCAUGCUUGGAACAGUAUUCGCCAAUGCGGGCAUUCAGCUGGCACUCGUCGUACGUGCAUUUCUUUUUGCCGCCGUGGCGCACACACAGGUUGCGUGCAUACACUUGAUUUGCACAUUGG